GAGUACUUAUUGAUGGUACGUUUGAAUAUGUUGCAGAAUGGACAGAAUCAAGUGAUACGAUCCACUAUAUAAUCUAUAAUGAAUAUAUUGUGAUAUAGAUGUUCGGGGAUUAUAGAUUUAUUCGCGUUGCUAGGCAGCCAAGCACAAACACCUGUGAUGUUACGUGUGCAGAGUUAUGUCAUCAGGGUCACUACUUUCUUACAAGACGCACAGCACGCACGUGUUUUUAACGAUUAUACAUCUCAAUGUAUUUCUAAAUAUUCUACAAAGUUUUUAACAUGACGAAGAAGGCGUUCCAAGUACAAGUGGAGCUGGACUUGCAGGCCGUGACAUGUCCUGGUGUCUGGCUGUGUGCCAACGGGAAUGUGUCCUUGCAACUAUACAUGCUGGACUCUUGCGUACAGACGGCCAGUGUCGAACCCAUCUUCCCGCUUCUCCUCCAAGAGAAGUACAUUUUUUACAAGACCUUCAUCUCCGUGCAUAAACUGACCGGACUACAGAAGCUAUUAAACAAGGAGACGCUGUAUGUGGAACUAAUCCAAUGGCAACACAGCGACGCUGGAAACGUAUUGGCAACCUUCCAGACUACCCUCACGGAACUCCUGUUUCCAACAAAGACGGUCGGUUGCGACGUCGAUCUCCUUAUGGAUCCGAUGGAUCAUUUUCCUGGAAUAAUAGCUCCAAAGAUAGAGGUAAGCACAAAAACUGUAAUAGAAGACAAAAUCUGCUCGGAAGCGCGAGCGUGUCCAUCGUACGUCGUAAAUCCCUGCCGCAUUCAAAGCAUGAACCAGCAGCAUUCAAACAUCGUCAGGCAGAAGAAAGUCUGUCACUCUGUUAAAUACCAUAGAUCUCAUCGUUGUCCAGUUGGACAAAUGAUGGACACGAGACCGCCGUUCGUGUGCCGCAGAGUUGACGAAAAUUUGAUACACAGAAGACCAAACGGCACGGAAACCAAUUAUUGCAACUGCAAGUCGAGUUCUCCAAAACGGAAUCCGCCGAAGAUCGUAUUCAGUGAGAACUGUCAUCUGAAGACACGCAAACCCAAUCUUACCUUUGUUCGUAAAGUCGAUGAUAAUUUGAAUUGCGGCUGCGACAGAGAGGAUCACCAGGAGGAUUGCCCAGUUUGCGCCAAGUACAAGUACUAUUUCGAUAAAUCGAGCCCUUCGUUAAAAUCUACAAUGAAUCCCGAGGUAUUGUGCAAUUACAGUUCCAAAUCGAAGCCUAGUCUUGCAGGGAAGAUACACAGUCGGUUGCUGGAGACGCUAGGACAAAAGUCUCAAGUUCAUUCUGACCGUAUGAGCGACUACUCUGAUGAAUUAAACUACGAAGCCGGAUCCCUGCGUGACAGCUGCACGGUUUCCAGCUUCGGGGACUUCUAUAAGAAGCUGUACGGGAAGGCAGCUUCUAAAUGCCAGAGACUUCUUUACUAGGGAUGAAUCUAAUCUAGUCACGUGCCAGCAGCUGAAUCGAAUAGAAUUAAUUGCGAGAGAUAUGCAGAAAAAAAGUUAUAUGUAUGUUGCUGGAUUAUAAUA